AUGGCACCUUUGUUCGAAUGCAUCAGCGAGGGGAGUUUGGGCAGCCCGGAGUCCCGCGCCCUCUCCCUCUCCCCCCCUCCCGCCUCCUCCCCCGACCAGAGCGCCGACCCCCGACUCCACUCGCCGACCUCCGACAAGGCGGAGUCGCUGGCCAGCCCUCGAGCCCACCACGACUCCCUGGACGACCCCGGUGUGCAGGAGGCGGGCCACGAGGACGACCAGUACCCCCACCCUGACCCCCACCCGCACCCGCACAUACACCUACGGAACGACCUGCUGCGGCCCGGGGUCCAGGAGGAGAGCCACAAUCCCUACGGCCUCCUCAGCGACGACGACGACGACCACCGACGAUUCCAGCGGCAACGACUCGACUUCGACGACUCUCACCCGCUGAGCCGGCAGCUAAACUUCGAUCAGGAACGGCGGCUGGACGACCUGGGCCUCGAGCAGGACCCUCGCUCACUCUCAGGGCAGCUCCUCGAGAGGUACGACCAGUUGCGUCGCCGACCAGACGACCAUUGGAGCCCCGACGGAUUACAGAACGACCAGGACCUGAGCAGAAGCGAGAGCAUCCCGGACGACGACGACGACAGCCGCGAAGACAUGAGCGGCUUCCAGCACCAGCAGCAGAUGGCUCUGGCGGCGCGGGCGGUGCUGGGCUCGCUGGCGGCGCCCGCCCUCGCGCCCGCCAUGCUGCCCUUCCCGCCCGUCACGCCCGAAAAACAGCUGCUGAACAACGGCUCGAACCUGCUCGUGCGCGCGCUCGCCACCUCCGCCCCCAGACGCCCUCGGGGGGAGAAGAAGCCCAUCCCGGACACGCUCAAGGACGACAAGUACUACGAGCGGAGGAAGAGGAACAACCUCGCGGCCAAGAAAUCCAGAGACGCCAGGAAGCAGCGGGAGGACCAGGUAGCGAUGCGAGCCUCUUACCUGGAGAAGGAGAACGCCAUCUUGAGAGCCCAGGUCGCCACCCUCAGAGACGAGGCCUCCUCCCUCAGACACCUCCUCCUGCAGAAGAAGGGCAAACAACAGUAGACGAAGAGGAAGAGGAUCGGAUUUUUUUUUUUUUUUUUUGGGGGGGGGGUUGAGAAAUUUUGG